AGCAGCACCACAGGCGACUGCUGCACAAAGCCAGACAGAAAGAGGGACUGCUAAAUGAAUAAAAAUUAAAAGAGAAGAAAUACUCCUUAAAUAUUUAUAGUUUAGAUAACUUUAGUACCUUUUUUUGGUUUCUUUUUAAGUUUUAUAUUUAUAUUCUUCUUGUAGAGGGCACUUUGUAUGAAAAAAAAAGAGAAAAUGACAAGUCUGCUGUGCAUCACAGUAAUCUCCCUGACCCUGGCUGGCAGUGCGUACAGUCAGGUGACGAAUCCUCCCUCACAACCAAAAGUUAAGGUUUUUGCUGACCUUGGUGCCAAUGUCACCCUGCGCUGUAAACUCCAGUCCCAAGACACCAUGUCCUUUGGUAACACUGGUCUUCGCAUCAAAUGGACCAAGGUGGCAGAUGAUGAAGCACUGAAUGAGGAUGUGCUGCUUUCAAUGGGAUUCCACAAGAAGACCUAUGGAAGCUUCGUGGACCGUGUCUUUUUGAUGGAGGCUGACAAUGAUGAUGCCUCCAUAAUGAUAACUGACGUCUCCAUGGAAGACUCGGGAAAAUACCGCUGUGAGAUCAUCAGCGGGAUGGAAGAUGCCAUGCAGGAGAUCAUCUUGGAGGUGCACAGCGGUCUCAUUGAUGGUGUUGUGUUCCCAUACUCCCCCCAUCUGGGUCGCUACAACCUGGACUUUGAUGAUGCUGUGCAGGCUUGUGAGGAACAGGAUGCUGUGAUUGCCUCCUAUGAUCAGCUGCUUGAGGCCUGGAAGGGUGGCCUGGACUGGUGCAAUGCUGGCUGGCUGAAUGAUAGCACAGUGCAGUAUCCAAUCACCAAACCCAGAGAGCCUUGUGGUGGCUCCAACAUUGGGCCGGGCCUCAGAAACUAUGGCCGUCGUGACAAACAGAAGAAUCGUUACGAUGUGUUUUGCUAUGCUUCUGCACUCAAAGGACAGUUCUAUUGGCUGGUCCAGCCUGACAGGUUGACCUUUGAUGAGGCCAUGCAGGCAUGCCUAGAUGAUGGUGCAGAGAUCGCCAAGGUGGGCCACAUAUAUGCUGCCUGGAAGCUUGAAGGCUACGAUCGCUGUGACGCUGGCUGGUUGGCUGAUGGAAGUGUCCGCUACCCCAUCUCCAGGCCUCGCAAGAACUGCAGCCCGACUGAAGUUGCAGUGCGGUUUGUUGGUUUCCCAGACAAGAAGCAGAAGUCUUACGGGGUCUACUGCUACAAAGCUGAGCAGUGAGAGGUUAGAUAGGAAUUAGGGAAGCCAUAACCACCAAAGAGCAACAAAAACCACAAUAAAGCUCACAUCAACAAUAAAGCAGAUAAGCUUUGGAUUUUAACUAGCAAGAACUCAAUACCUUUCUGAAGCUGUGAGAACCCUUUUAAAUUCCUAAAAAACAAAACUGUACAUCUUACAUCCAUAUGCAAUGAAUGACAAAAUAUUUUGUAGCCAUAAAGUUUUUGUUUUACUAAGCUUUUGUUAACUAUGGAUACGUUAAUUUUACGCAGACUGUUGGGCAAAGGACAACAGUGUUAAUGUAUGAAUGAUGUGACAGAGACAAGAACUUAAUGGUUGUGAAACAUCAUCGAAGUUUGGUUUGUCCUCCACAGAAUGAUUGGAUUUGUGAAGUUUAAGAUUUAGAGCAUUUCUGCUCAUGUUUGCUGCUUUAAAAAUGGGGUUGUCUAAAGAAUAAAACCAUGUGAUAUUUUAUCAACUAUCACGUCAGUGAGAGACCUUAAAGAGAGACCUUAAACUGACUACUACUGUUAGGCUGUGGAUAUCAGCAUGUUACUGCAGUAAGUAAUCAACUGGGUUCUGCUUUUAUCAGAGUUGAAGCUCUUUUUGUCACCUUUUAAACUGCAAAGAGGUUUUUCAACCUAAGGAGCUGUGAUCAAAUUUACUGUUUAGCAAAAAAAUGAAUGUAAAUGUCUCGGACUGUGACCUACUCUGCAUUAAAUGAUAGCUCCCAUUAGAUCGACUCCCAAUUACAAUUUGAAAGACAUAGUAACUUUACACAGUAUGUUUGUUUUAACAAAAUGGUUUUCUUUUUUACGUUUUUAAAUGUUUGUCACUAUAGUUUUUUUUUACAUGUUUAUAAUCUUUUUAAUGAGAAGAAAAUACAGAUUUUGUCUCACAACUUUUUUAUUUUUAUUUUGUUAAGAGUAGUUUUUAGACAAUUUAUAUCUAGAACAUACAAAAUAAGAUUUUUAACCAGAUAGUGAAAACACAAAUUGAUACUGAGAUUAUGAAUUGUUAAUUUUUCCCGACCCAAUUAAUACUGAUGAUUAUUUAAAUCUUACUCCUAUUACUUCUAAAUAAGGAUUCAUUGAUCGUCAUAGAUGUGCUGUACUGACUGAAUAUGUGUUUGGGAAUAAAGUAGAAUCAAAACCAUUUUUAAAAAUCAGUUUACAAUGUUUCCUGUGGACCACAGUGCACAUGCUUUUGUGUUUUUCUGUUACUUACUUAAUGUCCUUUUACUUUUUUCUAACCAUGGGCACUGACCUAUGGUACUCACUGCAGGUUACAUGUGGUAUUAUGGUGAUGCAUUGUUUGUAAAAGCUAAACUUAAAAAUGUCCGUCACACUUGUGCAUUUGUACACACUUGCUCAUGAAAUAAGGUGAAGGUAUUUUUUUGUAUUUUAUCGCCAUGUACCUUUUUCAACAAAGCAGUUUGAAAUAAAAAGUAUAACUUUUA